AUGGCAGCCACUCACUUCCACCACCAGGUCGAACACAGGCUCGCGAUCUGCAAGGAGUGCAGGUACGCGGUCUGGCCGGACCAGGUAGAAGGUCACUUGCAAGGGAAGCACCACCGGAUGGGCCGGAAGCAGGCGGAACUGGUUAGCAACGAGGUCGGAGGCUGGCAUGGGUUAGCCACGUCUCCCAGCGAGCUGCAUGUGCCAGCCCAGGCGCAGCAACCCAUCGCGGAGCUGCCAUUGUUCGGGGAUGGGCUGCUAUGCCAGAGGGAGCCCAGCAGCUGCAAGUACAUCUGUAGAAGCAAGAGGAUCAUGAAAGAUCACUGGCGCAAAGAGCAUGGGUGGUCGCUUGGAGGUGGCAAAGGUAGGCUGACCAGGAGGGUUGAAGAGAGGCUAGAGGAGAGGUUUUGGGAGGCAGCGAAGCAGGUCCACUGCCAGCGCUUCUUCCCCGGUUUCCAUGGCUCGCAAUACUUCGAGGUGUGCCAGCCGGAGCAGGCGCAGGAGGAGCAGGCGCACCCCGCCCAGGGAGGAGAGCAGCUGUGGCAGCGGGCGUGGGACAGGGCGAACAAGAACUGGGAGGAGCUGGAGAAGCGUGCCCGGGCGACGAUCGAGGACGGGGAGAAGGAUGAGGUCAGCCCGUGGCUAGACAGGACGCAGUGGCUGCCGUAUCUGGCACGGCUGGACCGCGACGAUCUGCUAGCGUCAAUCGAGGAGCCCAACACCAACCCGGACAGGCCGGAGGAGCCGGUGGCGGCCGCCAUCUGGAAGGCCAUGGACGACGUCGCACGCAUCAGCCAGCAGGCCGCAACCCAGCGCGUCGGCAUAUUCGUCCGCAUGGAGCUGAUGAAGACGGAGAAGCACCAGAACCAGUACCACCCGCUACAGCUGUACACGGAAGAGGAUUCGAUCAUCAAGCGGUCAAGAGCGUGGAAGCAGGUGCUGAUGUUUUUCGUCAGAACGCAGCUGGAGCACGACUGGCGGAGCCCGGAGUACAAAUUCACCCGCCGGCAGUUCAGGGCUUUCGUCAGGCUGAUGGAGGAGGCCGAGCUGGUGGUAAAUGGGAGGGAUGAGCAGGAAUCAGAGGAAUCAGAGGAAGAGCAGGAGGGAGAUUUACAAGAGCCACAGCAAAAGCUGACCCGGAUCCAGAAGGCUUGCUUGGACUUUUGCAUCGAGCUGCUGAAUCAGAGAAUCACCCAGCGCGAGUAUGACAGUGCUCUGGUUUGCGCUCUGGCAGUCCAGGGAGUCACCCCCACUGGCUGGAGGGAGCCGGGUCUAUACACUGCCAUUCUGUCAGCCAUCAUCAAGGUGGGCCGUUUCAUGGUAGUUCAGAAAGCGCUGGAGAUGGGGGCUCCAGAAGAGGAUGGGGAGUUUAGCAGUGGUGGCAGCGCGUGGGACUUUGAAGACAGCGCUUAUGGGAGCGAUGCAGGCAGCAGCCGAAGCAGAAGCGGUAGUAGGAGCAGCAGCAGCAGCCGAAGCAGUAGCAGGAAUAGCAGGGACAUGCACAACAGAGGUAACAAGCGCAGCCAGAUGAGCUGCUUGGAGCUGGUCAAGCAGAUGGCUGACAGCUUCAUGGUCCGGGGCAGCCACAGCCCGAUGCAGUGGAUACUAGAUCUGCGCACUUACGGGAUGAAGAUCCACUACAACACAACAACAAAGGGCCAUGUUGGAUGGAACGGGCGGGAGCAGCUGCUGUACCAAGGAAUCCAGUUCACCAUGGCCAAGUUCCGCGGUAUGGUACAUGGCUUGCUGCACGACACUCGCCAGCUGCUGAUCAGCGACUUGCUGAUGGGUGGUGGAAGCGGCGGCGGUAGUAGCAGCAGCAGCCAGAGACGGAAGACAGGCGUGCUAGUAGUGCCGUGGGACUCGAUUAGAGACAACCCGGCUGAGGAGCGUAGGGGAUAG